AUGCUCCAGCAGCACACAGUUGACAAGUUGGUGGACCUGCUCGUCCAACACCCAAUCCGAAACAUUCUACAACGCGUGCACUUCAAAGCAGCCGCGUGUGAGGCCGUGCGCCUUGGCGCUGACAGGGAGGCCCUCCAGCCAUGGCACGAAACAAUCGUGUCGUGGCUGCGAGUGGUCGUGGCCCGCUGGCGCGAGGAGAGGGAGCGUCGCUCCCAAGUGCAGCUCGCCACGGAGCGAGACCUUCGGGCCAUAAAGCGCUUCGAGCGGGCGCAACAGGUACAGUGGGAAAGGGCCACCCACAACAACAGACAGCGCAGAGCCCGCUGGCAGCAGCUCAAAGACGGAAAGUCCCAACAGGACACGUCCAUUGCGCGCAAAGACGCGAAGAAAGAGGCCAAAAAGAAAGCACGAUCCUGCAAAGAAGCCGACGAAGAAGAUGAAGAGCAGGAUCCCAUGGGCCGGCGGAUCCGAUGGGCGCGGCUGCCUGCCUUGCUGUCGGCAGGUGGCUGGACCUUCUUGGUGAGCCGUGUCGAGCGGAGAACGCCCAGCCCGCCCAGCCGCGGAGCCGACGCUCGCGUGCUGCGUGGCGCUGACGCGCGCGAAGUGGGCCCUGCCGAAGUGCAGGGUUCGACGGGCCCAAUGUCGGCCUGGCACUUCGCAGGGCUCACUGCGGCGCUGGGCGCCUGGCAGGCUGCGAGGCCCUCCUUCUGGCGGCCCUUCCGAUCUCAGAGAGUCGCGAGAGCAUCAGGCUUCAAGGUCCUGGGUCCGGAGGGUCCAACGGUACUGCUAAGCAGUACUUUGAUUGGCCUGGCCACAGGAUGGGCGGUGGUGCUCUUUGAGGAGGUGAUUAAGACGCUGGAGGAGCUGAGAGAAGAGCUGCCCUGGCCGGUGUUGGCACCGCUCCUGGGCGCCCUCCUGUUGGCCGGCAUCUUCGCGGCCUUCGGCGGCCGUGAGGGCCUCGCGGGCACUGACAUCAAGUCGCUGAAAUCCUAUGCCGCCGCCGGCGGCCCCGAACCUCCUGACAACUGGCCGCUGCGGGCCGCAGGGAAUGCCCUGUCAGCGGCCGUCACGCUGGGCUCGGGCAACUCCCUGGGCCCCGAGGCACCAGCGGCCACGCUGGGUGCCAAUGUGGCCUUCGGCAUGGGUCAGGUCUCAGGCCAUCCAUACGGUCGCGCCCCAUGGGCGAUGACAGGUGACUGCUGCUCUUGGCGGCCUCGCUGGCCACCACUCCGAGCUUUUCUCCUCGCCGUUUCGGUUCUCCAGAACGCCCGUGGAACCGCGCUCUUCGCCUCCACCGCGGAAGCCCCGCGCGGCUCCGCAUCCUCCGCGGAGGACCGGCGCAGCUACCCGCGCUUGCUGCGGCGGGUGGAGGCCGGCGGAGAAGUGAGCCUAUUGCAUCAGGGCGAGGCGGCUGAAAGCAAAGUGGAUGAUCACCAUCCGCCCCAUUGUCGGGAAGCCUACACCUGCAACCGCCACAGCGAGCCCAUAACGAGCCGGCACCGUCUCCACCGUGCCCAGCGUUCUCGGAUUGCGGUGUACACCUACAACAUCGGCGGCUAUGAGGAGAUGCGCGACGACUUCGUGCCCUGCGUGCCACCCGGGGUGGACGCCUUCUUGUUCCUGGACGAGCUGGGCCAUAGCCGCUUCGGUAAGGCGGUGAAGCGCUGGCGCACCAAGCACGUCAGUGGGCCACGGCUCACCAGCAAGUCCUUGAAGUUCACGCCUCCAAAUUGGCUGCUGAAUGGCACCUGGCAAUGGCUGGUGGAGCACGAUGGGAACAUCGUCUUGGACCUUCAUAAGCUCAAACGCUUCCUGCGGAAGCGCAAGCGACGCUCUCUGGUCUUGCUGAAUUGGGGUUACCACACGGACUGCAGCGACGACGGCUUUGACUGCUUCAUGACGGAAGUCUCGAGCAUGCUCACUGAGCGGGUGCAGUAUGUCGCAUCCUCCAAAGAGAAUGUGCUGAAGUGGAAGGAUGUCUUACAGAAGAUGCACGUUGGGAAGUUGACCCAUGGUGGCAGGAAGUAUGCGCCACCGAACUACUAUGAAACGAACGUGAUCUUCCGGAAUUUGAAGCACAAGCAAGCGGGGAAGGUCCGUGAUGCCUUUGAAAAGACCUACUUGAAGUGCCAAGAUAUCCAGCGAGAUCAGUUCCUGCUGCCCUUCUUCUUGUGGCAGGACCGGCUCACGCCGAACCACUCCACCGAGGCUAUCCCCAUGGAGCGACUGGUAGAGGAAGUGGGCUAUUGCAUGGUGGACACCCGUGUCUUCAGCAUCGUCGGCACGCAAGCCACUCUGGAAGAGGCACAGCCCAGUGGCACAGCGCCUCCCCAGGAGGAUUGCGAGCUGAUCGAGAGGGCGCUCGGUGGAUCCAAGGUGGUCGCCAGCCUCCCCGGGAAGGAUUUGGACCGCUUGCUGAACUUCUUCGAAGAGGUGAAGAUCUCUGCUGGUGAGACGCUCAUGAGACACGGCGAUCAGGUGGCCGAUGACGAGCCGGGCCUCUUCGUCACGAAGAGCGGGCAGCUCGAUGUCUAUGUGCCGGAAGGCAACAGUGAGAAGAAGGUCUUCGCCUACACGGAGAGCGGUCAGGUGGUCGGCGAGCUGGCCGUGCUUUUCCGCGCGCCCCGCGCCGCCACGGUGAAGGCGCGCACCGAUGCAGUCCUGUGGAGCGUGGACCGGCGGUCCUUUGAGGCCUGCGGUGGCCGCUCGGAGGGCUCCAUGGCCAGGAUCAACCAAAACCCGGACGCCUUGCUGGCCUCGGGCGCCGCGGCCGGCGUGGCCGCCGGCUUCAACGCGCCCAUCGCCGGGAUCUUCUUCGCCUCCGAGGUGGUGAGACCUGGAGACGACAACUCCUUGGACCUCACCACCAGGCUCCUAGCAGCGGCGGUGAGCGCUGCUGUAGUGCAGUCAUUUCUUCCAGGUGGGCCAGCGAUCAAAGCCACCGACUUCUCCUGGGACGGCGGCAAUGUGGAAUUGCUCUUCUUCUUGCUCUUGGGUGUCCUCACAGGCUGUUUGGCCUACGGCUACAAGAAGAUUGUCGCCUCUAGCCGUGAUGUGAUCACAUCAUUCAAUGAGCACGGAGUGCCGAGCAUUUGGUUGCCCAUGGCACGGUGA